AAAACAAAAUACUUCAACAUUACAGUGAACAGAUUUAUUGUUUCUGUAACACGUAAAACAUACAAUACACUUUCCAGUUUUGCUAUUUGGAAUUCAAUUUUGAUGUAUUGAAUUUUCGUGUAAUGACUGCUAAAUGGUGAAAUAAAGUGUGAAAAAUAAUCGGAAAAUACGAUUGAAUUGGUUUGCGACGGUCAAAAGUCAAGUGGCUAUUCGGUUUUAUUUUUCGUCAUCGUUUUGUGUUGCAUCAAAAAUGAAAGAGAGAAAAAAGGUUGAUGGAGUGUAAACAUGGCUGACAUUUGGAUUGUUCGAUAUUUAUUGUGAAGCAAGAAGAGAGCAAGAGCAAAAAAAACGAAACACACACGAAAAUUUGUGAAAAAUACACGGAAACGAGCGCAUUAAUCCAUUUUUAUUCGACUUCUGUUCAGUUUUUGUUCACUUUGGUUUCGAAUAAAAAAAAGAAAUAUAUGUGACUAAAAUGGAUCCAAGCUCGCUAUUUGAGAUAUGAACGCUGGUCUAUGGAGCUGUAUAUUGCCUUGUGGUUUUUAUUGGUGUGAUAAUAAAGAGAGGCCACGUAUGACAGAUAGUACAAUGGGUGUGAGCGCAUCAACAGCUGAUUGUCCUGCUACAAGUAACCCAAUCUCAUCGACGUCUGGUGGUGUUUAUAUCCGUGAUCAACGUCGAAAAAAAGUGACUGGUUUCGCAACGCUUAAAAAGAAAUUCAUUCGCCGUCGACGGUCGUCAAAGGCAUGCGAUCAUGGGCGAGUUUUACGUGAUUUUUUAUCCGAUUGGAGUUCCAUUGAAUUGGCAUCAUUAUUAGAAGAAUACGAAGCAUUGGCCGCGCUGAAGGAUUUAUCGGUACAAGCAGAGUUGGCACGUCCGCCAGCUGCAACCUUUAAACAGGAUCUUUCGGCUCUAUAUGAUUUUAAAUAUUGCACAGACUGUGAUUUGGUAUUUCGGGGAAGCGUGUUUCCCGUGCAUCGAGCCCUGUUGUCGGUUCGAUGUCCAUAUUUUCGUGAUUUAUUGGCCGGCUGUCCGGGAUUUGGUGCGCGCAUCUGCUUAGAACUCCGUUCAUCACCCGUCGACACACCACUGUUUUCGUCACUUCUGCGAUAUUUGUACACGGGCGAUCUAUGCUCGCACGAUCCAUCGAUUGAUGUGAAUUUAUUGCGUCGGCUGGGCGAAGAUUUUGGCACACCAAAUCCACUUGAACAUGAUUUACGAUACCUGCUAGAAACUGGUGAUUAUGCGGACGCGGCACUUGUCUUUACAGCUGAAGGAUCUGAUUACCAUCGGCCCGAUUCUGGUAGUUCAGAGUACGGCUUUCGACCAAAACUAGAGCUGCCAUGUCACAAAGCAAUACUUAGUGCGCGUUCACCAUUUUUUCGAAAUUUAAUUCUACGUCGCACCCGCAACGAUGAGGAUCAAGAGCGAUCGCUGCACGUACCGACUAGAAUUGUGCUUGAUGAGACUGUUAUACCAAAACGAUAUGCUCGAGUUUUACUGCAUGCUAUUUAUCUCGAUACCGUAGAUUUAUCAUUAAUUUUGCGUGGCAACGGUUGUGGCAACAGUGCUGGCAGCCUGGGCGAAGUGCAAGCGUUGACACACACCGGCCGAACGCGACCGACACCACUCGAAGAAGCGAUGGAAUUGUAUCAGAUCGGUAGAUUUUUGGAAUUAGACAUUUUGUCACAAGGGUGCGAAGACUUGAUACUCGAAUGGCUAACAUUGGAAACAUUGCCACAGGUGUUGAAAUGGGGCAGUCAACCGCAUGGUUCGGCAUGGGUGUAUCGACAGUCGUGUCACUUUUUACGCGAAGAAUUUUCAUCGGUGAUCGCAUCGCCGGUUUUGCAUCAACUCGACAAGUCCCAGUUGAUCAACGCACUACAGAGUAGUUUCUUGCAAGCAUCCGAACUGGAGGUACUGCAAACCGUGUUGAAAUGGGGCGAACACGAGCUAAUCAGGCGAAUGGAAGAUCGAGAACCAAACCUAUUGAGUCAUACGGCACAUUCGGUGACACGAAAAGGAAUAAAGAAACGGGAUUUGAGUGACAUUGAAUUGCGAGAGAUUUUAUCCGAUCUGUUGCCAUUAGUUCGAAUGGACCAUGUCUUGCCGCCAAACAGUGAAGUAUUGAAUCAGGCAAUUCGGCGUGGUUUGGUUAGCACACCACCGUCGCACAUGAUCGGCGAUGAACGGGAAAAUUUCCGGGUGAAUGCGUGGAUUCGUGGCGGGAAGAAUCAUGGACUCUUUGUUCGGCCGCGCUUAUUCAUGCCUUACUACGAGGAAGUGAAAACGUUGCUAGAAGAUCCAGCCACAUCACAACAAAUUGACGUUUUCCGAAUGCGACGCAGUCGACAUUUGCCCGAUAUUCCCGAUACAUUGUACAUGGUUUCACGUUUGGGCACCGAUGGCGCACCGGCCGACAUUGUGACCGCAUCACUGCCCGCACCCGAUCCCAACACUAUGAUGGCGAUGUCAAAGCGAGAGCAAAAACUGCGCAGUUCACCGAGUUGUCAGCGAGCAUUAACGCUUCCACUAUCCUCUAGGCAGGAAAUCAGUCGGCAAAUUCGGUUGCGUGUGGUGCGAGAAUUUAAUUUGCCCGAUGGAGUGGCCGAUCUCUUGGAAAAUACAUCAUGCUACUGUGCCGAUGAUGAAACCAACAUCAACACAGCCCAAUCCACGGAAAAUAUCCAUCAUGGAGAAAAUCAUCCAAUGGACGAUGAAGACGAAACUACACCGCCACCAUCGCCUGCGAUGCAAAAUGCUACCGAAACGAGUACGGCGCAGUCGUUAAGCUCCUGUUAUGACGGUAACUUAACGUUCCCACGACAACAGCACGGCCAAAACUAUGGCCAUCCAAUGGGUGGUGGUUCAAGCAGCGUACGUCGUCAUGAUUUGCCCGCUCUGAUAACCGAAGGUGAUAGCAUGAUGUAUCGCAUGCCUGGCGAAAAUGAGGGCGCAUCAUGUUCUGAGAGUCAUCAUUUGUCUGAAAUUAUGCCAGAUGUUGCAAUGGCCACUGCCUCCUUAGGACACCUACAGCUAAACGAACCACCUGAAAGCUUACAACUCGAUCUUGGCGAUGGUUCGAGCCAUGGCAUAAUGGGUGCAGCUGGUGUGGGACAUCACAGUAUGCAGCAUCACCACAUUUUGACGCCACAAGCUGGAACCAUUCACCACUAUAUCAGACGACCAACAUCUCCUUCACCAUACGUAAUUCAUCGCCAAAGUCCGGCAUCUAGUUCAUAUCAUUCGAUUCCGCCAAGAUUUUUAUAGAAACUCAGAGUCUCUUCUUCUUUGCUAUGCCUUUGAUGGGAGAGCGACGAUCAGAGCGACAAAAUAAAUUUGAAACUGAACAUGAUACGAAACCAAAAUGCGAUGGUAAGCAGAAUGUAUAAUAAGUAGCUUCUAACCAAAAUGGGGGCUUUUCAAACAAAAAUUAAGAACAAUGAUUUGUCAAAAAGAAGAAGAAGAAAAAAACAACACACAGAAUUUAACCAAAUCUUUACGUCCCAUUGUCACAUCGUCUGGUAUAAAUGUUUAGUUAGUGUUGUAAUUGCCAUUGAUUUUCAAAAUGAAUUCAUCUGUUCAUUGCAAAUGAUUUUCAAUCUAAACUCAUAGUUGUGUUCGUGUCCAAAUUAGCAAUUUUGCCGAUGAACUCGAUUUUUAUACCGAACGAGCGAUUAGGAGAAGGACAGACAUAUAAAAUUUGUUUUGUUUAUUUUCCUGUGUAUGUGCGAUUGUGAUGUUGAUAAAUUCUCAUGAAAGAAAAAAUUUAAAAAAAAUAAUGUGCAAAUCAAUCAAAUUUAAUUUGAUAAUGAUAGAAGACUUUUCACUCUCUUUGUAUAUACUAGUUUCGCGUUGUAUUUUUUUUUCGCCGAUACACAUUUAUAUAUAGAUAUAUCUUUUUUUUUCAUUAUUCACCACAUUUAUAAUUUUCGACUUUUAGACAUUUUUUGUUUGUUUUAAAUUUUAAGUUUGUUCAUCGGCGACACUUGAUUGAUUUAAUCCAAAUAGAAGAAAAUGUGCAUGUGUCUCAGUAUCGCUAAAGAACAAUUGAAAUGAUUUCGAGUACUUUGUCAAAA